AUGCGAAGGCGCUCUUUGUCGUCGUGGAGUCCGAGAAGCAUUGCGAGUUCUCUCUGCGCUGCGCUCUCCGCCGCAGCGACAAGGACUCUGGACGGCGAUAUACUCAAUGGGGUCAACAAAGAGUCGGUGUUGGCGAGGAUCGAGAAAAAACUGGACACGUACAGGAACAACCCAGCGGAACGCAGGGCCCUCGAGGACAGGUUGCAGAAGCACCUGGCCGAGAGGGUGAGGUAUGUCCCGGCCGCGCUGGAGACGCGCGAUCAGCGGGAGCAACGCCAGCAGCUGCAGGCCGCCCGCGCGAAGCAGAAGCGCGGCACGGCGGUCCUCCGGCGCGCGGAGCUCGACCAGGUCGCCGACGCCCGCAUCGCCAGGGAAGAGGAGAGGUUGCGGGAGAAGGGAGCGAGGCUGCUCCGCCGGAGGGAGCUCGCGCAACAGGACUCGGGGAUGAAGGAGGAGUGGCUGAAAGCGAUCAUCGCCAUAUCAGUGGCGACCCGCAUUGGCGCGAGGAUCAGCCACGAUAGAGGGUGGCGAGAGCAUCUGAGAGAGCGCGAAGCGGCGUGCUUUAAGAUCCACUGCUGGAUGUUUCGCGCCAGCACGAGGAGGCGGAAACGAAUUCUUUAUCAGAAUAUUGUCAGGCUCCGCGUCGGGGUGCUAGUAGCGUGCCGCACUCUGCAGUUGACGGAGGCUUGCAUGGCCCAGCCCACGUUGCUGUGGUUCUUACAGUCGCACACAGGGCACAAGGUCAAGCCGCACCUGCUCGGUUCCAUCAAGGACUUCAUCUUCAAGGUGAAGAAGCUGCAGCGCACCUGGAGGCGCAUACAGCUCCAGAGGAUCGGGAUCGCGAGGGUGGAGGCCCUCCUGCCCCACUUCCUCGCGGAGCCCCUCGCGGAGCAGGUGCUGGCGAGGCUUCGGGGCCGCCCGGCUCCAGCCGCGCCGCCCGCGCACGCCGAGGGCGAGAGCCCCGCGGACCGCAGCCAGCAGCAGCAGCCGAGUCUCGCCGGGCGUGUGGACAAGCGGACUGGAAGCGUCCCCAGCGUCGGCCAUCGCCUCGAGGCGCCGCACGACGAGGCCAGGCGGCCCCGCUCCGCGGCCGCGCCCUCCGGCAAGCUCCGCCGGAUCGGGCAGGAGGUGGCGACUGCGAGCGCCUCGGGCAAUUCGACGGGAGGCUCCGCGAAGUCCAGUAAGUCCAGGAAUUCCAACGCGGAGAUCAAGCCCGUGUCGCCCAAGGCCCGGAGAAACUCCCCCGGGGAGUUCAACAACGUGCCGUCCAAACACAGGAGGAGGAAGCAGCCCUCGCACGGCCAGCCGGCCCUGCAGCGAGGAGGCCCGGCGAGCCCGGCGGGCGAGGCGAGGGAGGAGGCGCCACCGCAGAGCACCCCGCCGGCGAGGGACUGCGCCGCCCAGGGCGAUGCCCCGACCUUCGUGCAGGCCUUCAGGGGCAAGGAGCUCCUGCCCCUGGUCGUGCGGAGGGAGGCUCUUUACAGGCACGUCAGGGAGAUGCAGCAGACCUACCACGAUCGGAUAACGGAUUGGAGCAGCAGGAUGGCCGACGUGGACAUGCAGUUGGCCCUGGUGAAGAUCACCUCGAACUCCAGCCUCUCCAUCCUGGAGCAGAUCAAGGAACAGCACAGGCGCCCGCAGGUGGUCGAGGUGCACCGGAUGAAGGAUCUGUACGAGGAGACGUACGUCGCGUUCUUGCAGGGCGAGUUCAAAGAGGUGAUCCAUCGCCACAUCAGCCUCAUGAAAAUAUUCUUCCGCGGCUGGAAGAGGGUGGCUCACAAUGUGAAGAUCGGGCAGGUCGGCAACAAAGCGUCCGGGGAGACCGGGGGGGUUCUGCGGCGCGCGCAGCUCGGGGACCAGAUGCGGCACCUGGACGCCGACGACGCGGCCGCCAGCGCCAGCACGGCUCGGCCCCGGAGCAGCGAGCCGGCCGCGGCCCACCACAGGUUCACGUCGUUGCGACUUCCACGUCGGGCCACCGCCGCCGCGACGUCGUCGAGGCAGGCGGCCGCGGCCCAUCAUCGCGCCAGCCUCAGCACAAUAUCCAGCACGGCCAGCAGCAGCGCGUCGCAGGACGAGGACUGA